UAGAACUAGGAUGAAGGCGCGAGCUUCCUCCUCCGGGUGACGUGACUGUUAACAGAAAAGCGUCAGUCCGCAGGGACUAAACAGGCUGGAGGGCGGAUUGUCGGUGUGGUUGUGGUGGUGGUGGUGGAAUCAUGUCGGAUCUAGGCUCGGAGGAGAUAGAGGAGGAGAGAGAGAAUUAUCUCGGGGAAUAUGAAGGAGAACGCAAUGAGGCAGGUGAACGACAUGGAAAAGGGAGAGCAUUAUUGCCCAAUGGAGAUAUAUAUGAUGGACUCUAUGAAUUUGGUAAAAGGCAUGGCCAAGGAACCUACAGAUUUAAGAAUGGUGCUAGAUACAUUGGAGAAUACCAACAAAAUAAAAAACAUGGUCAAGGAAUGUUUAUCUAUCCAGAUGGAUCAAAAUAUGAAGGAGACUGGGCAGAUGACCAAAGGCAUGGUCAUGGAAUUUAUUUCUAUGCAAAUAAUGAUACAUAUACUGGAGAAUGGUUUGCUCACCAAAGGCAAGGACAAGGCACAUAUAUCUAUGCUGAGACUGGCUCUAAGUAUGUUGGUAUGUGGUUCAAUGGACAACAGGAGGGAUCAGGAGAAUUCAUUCACCUCAACCACAGAUACCAGGGCAAGUUCGCAAAUAAAAAUCCUAUGGGCCCCGGAAAGUAUAUUUUUGACAUUGGAUGUGAACAGCAUGGUGAAUAUAAACUUGCAGAUGUGGAAAGAUCAGAAGAGGAAGAGGAAGAGGAAACUACAAACCUAAUUCCAAAAUGGAGGGCUCAAAAGAUUACUGCAUUAGAACUCUGGAAACCAACUCCUGUUGAAGAAGCACCAGAGCACGAAGUCUUACAACCAUCAGAAGAACCACAUGCUUAUUCAGAAGGUGGUGGGGAAACAACUGAGGAUGCUCAGCCUCUUACUGAUUAUUCAGAAGUAGAUGAACUUGAAACACUAAUUAAGCAGGGAGAAGAUUCUGAAGAAGUAAGGGAUGAAAGCAGAGAAGAAGGUUUAAAUGAGGAGGAGGAGGAGGAAGGAACAAAAUGAUCAGCAUCAUCACAUAAAAAUGAGCAGAUCUACAGAAAGAGAGCAUCUGUUGGGUAUAUAUAUUAUAGUAACCGUAUCUUAUUAUUUAAAAGUUUAUUUAAAUGUGCUAAUAAAUUCUUUAACAUGUUUAUGAAA